GAGUAAACCACGUCAGAGUGAUACCGACCUCACUGUGUCAUCUGAGGAAUUAACCACGUGGGCACCAGCCCCCAUAUCGUAAGCCAGCCUCCAGCAAGUCCCUCGCACGCGCAACACGCACUUCUUAUUAUAAUUACGUUGCAUGCACACCUACUAUGUAAUUAACUAAGACUGGGCACGCGCCUCAGUCUUAUAAAAACGGUGCAUGCAAACGGAGAUUAGUCAGAACACUAAAAAAUGGUAGACCAGUUCUACAUCAAUUUACUCUCAAACGCGGUUGAACCAGCCCACGAAGCUGUCGUUAUACCCUUCUUAAUAAGUUUACCUCCACCCUCUCGCAGAUUUUAAACCUGACCAGUUGUGGCUGACCACGUGGGGGCACCAACCCCUUUGCUUGCCUGUAGGAUGCACUCACUGAAUGUCAUCUUAAUUGUGUAGUUCCAUCAGAAUGAUAUACCUCUUGUUUUAAACAAACUACGUUAACAAUGAAUAAUUAGCUUAGUUAUGAAAUCAGAAAUGUGCCAUAACCGUUCAUCCAUCUAAGGAUCUUAGUAAAAAAGAAAUAAUAAUAAGAUUACGAAGAUUAAUUUUUUAUGGAUAGUUGCACAAUUCUUACUCGAUCCUGCAAAAGCGUAUACGAAGAGGGGAGUCAAGUCCUGUAGAUCUCAUAAACAAAAUACAGAGGAAGCGUGGACCUCCACGCGAAAGCUUGUACAAACUAAACUUAAACAAAAAUCUUCAGUGUCGGCUUCUGUAUUUUGUUUAUUGGAUGCCUGCAAGGAUAAAACAAUAGCUCGAUUCAUACAUGGCACAACAUUGUUCAAAUAUUUUUUUUCUUAUUACGUUUUAAAGUCGACAAGUAGGACACCUCGCUAUCGUCUGCCUAAUGGAAAUGGUUGAUGAGCCAAUCGACUCCUUCCGAAGUGCGAAGAGACAGUAUAUACUUAAACUUCAGAGCGCUAAGAGCGUAACCGAAAAAAAGAAAAAAAAAAGGCCUGCAGCUCUGAUCUUCGACAACCGAUCGAAAAAAGAAAAAAAAUGCACCGGCCGCCGCCACAACAUCAUUGCGAAUUGCAAGGAUAUGGCAUAGCUAGUAUUGAGAAGUGAUUAUGGACAGGGUGCUAAGGGCGUGUAACCGACAAAAGGCUUACCGCUUCGAAAUUCGACAUCCGACGCAUCAUGGGGGAACAUCAUGAUAUUCAUUGUAGAGAUUUCAUUAAACAUGCUUGGACUUGCAGUCGACCAGGCUACCUCUUCCCAUUAAUCCGUUUUGUGUACGACACGGAUUAACUCUCGAGAAAUGAUAAGAUCACUUUUUCCGUAUUCCAUUAAGAUGUUGUUGUGUUAGCGACGCUUUGCAUAUUAGACGACGGGAUGGCUGAAGGUCACGCUGUUUCCACUCAGACUGUGAUAUCUCUUCUGCUGAUUUGCAUGAGCACGCGAGCAAGUCGAAUAAACGCUGGAAGAUACACGAUGUUAUUGCAAUAGCAAGCAUUUGCAUAUAAGACAACUCGUUGGAUAAAGGUCGUACCUUUUUACUCUAGCCGGUGUCGCCUUUGCAACUCGAAGACAGGAAAAAUAAUUACUAUGCGAUACAUGUUGCGCCGCAGGAAAAAGAAGAAGAAAAAAGACGCAGUAUACUAAUGACAGCUACCUCCAUGCUGACUGCUUUGAUUUCUGAACAGAGCGAGCCAGCCCGGGUAAAGCCGUAAUUACCUCUCAAGGAUAAACGAUAAUCUCACUUUCCUCAUCACGUCUUUGGGGCGAGACGGUCGACGCUGCACUCUCAUAGGCAAACGAAGCGACUUCUAUGUAAGACAGUUCGUCCGCAACGCUUUCCGGACUGAGCUGGAAUGUCAAGUGAAUGCCACUUGAUUGUUUUCAGGUGGAUUCACUUGACAUUCCAGCUCAGGUUUUUCCGUGCGGGUGUUUGACUGGAAAAGCAGACUAAGUUCAUCUUCCUUCUUUUGCUGUAACUACUCCGAGGAGGUUGAAGGGAAGAGUUUGAGAUCUUCCUUGACAACAAGGCAAAAAUGUGUGCUAUACAAUGGAGAAGAGGUGGAAAACUUUUUUUUUCAAGUUAAUCCACUCGGGAUUCCAGAUGAAGAUUUUUUUCUCCGUGAGAGUGUUUGACUGGAAAGACAGACUGUGGAGACGUGUUUGAGACGACACACAGGCUGCAUCCGAAAUUCGUGUGUGUAACCUCUUCUCCAUCUGCCACACACACCUCUACCUAGCACAGGCUGCUCUUCAUCUGCAUCUGAUGAUGGCCACCAUGCGCCAUCAAGCCGAGGAUCAACCUCAGGCCAUGUUGUGUCAUCGGCGGCUGACUUGUCUUGACUGGUCAUUACAAACCAAGGCAAUUUUCUGCGAUCCACUUCUUGUCCAGACUGCCAGUGAACUGAACCAAGUACUGAAGCUUCCCAUUUCUAACUCGUCGUUUUAUGAUCUUCUCUACUUUUGGAACCUCUCUCACUCGUACAAUUUCACUCUCAUAAAACCCACCAAUGAUGUCUUGAUUUUUAAGAUCACGUAAUAGGUACGUUUUAGGAUACCCUAACUUGAUCGCUCUCACCAUGAAGAGUUCUGACGUAAAUGACCCUAAAUAACGUUUUAUUAGCUGAUGUCUGUAUUUUGCAAUUCUCACUACAUCUCCAACACUGUAGCGCGGCUUUUUUGGUGGUCCAACCGGGCUGGGGUACAGUCUCUCUCGGAAAAUGUGCUCGUUUUCUUCCUUUACGUCCACUGGUCUGGCAGAAAGCGAUCUGUGUACGCGAUUGUUGUAAGCUUUCACUACUUGAGGUAAAAUGUUCACAUAUCGCUUGUGACCCUGGAAUGUGAAGAUACGGUACAGUGUGGUCACAAUUGUUCGCUGAGAUCGCUCACAGAUUGAGGCCUUCAUAGGUAAAUUUGUAUGGAUGAGCCGGAUCCCCCUUGCUUUCAGAAACUGUUGUACCGCCUUGUUUGUAAAUUCUGUUCCACGAUCUGUGUGCAAAAGCUUGGGUGUCCCAAUUCUUUUAAAGGCAAGUUUAAAAGCUCGAAUAACCUCGGGAGAUCGUUUAUUACGAAUAGGUACAAUGGCAAGAAGCCGAGAGAAAGCAUCUAUACAAAAGAGCAAAUAGCGAAAACCAUCGUUUUCGCUAUCGUUUCCCUUCUCUGUAAUAGCUGCACUGCAUCCUGCUACUGGUUAUCGCAGGCGUAGGGCAUCUUCAUACAGACCAUAUAUUUCUGAGUAUGUUUUUCCGAAAACAUUCCCGGUAGCUUUCCCAAAAGAGGUUGAAGCAUUCGAAAAAAAUAAUGGUAUCAGUAUCAAUGUGUACGCCUACGAAAGGUAAGACAAAUCUCUGUACCCCAUCAAGGUUGUCGAUGACGAGCGUGAGAAACAUGUGGAUCUGUUGCUAAUCGACUCUCAUUUUCUGCUUAUCACAAAUUUUAAUGGAUUAUUUCAACCUAGCGGAUGGUUUCAUUGCAAGAGGUGUAUGAUGGGCUUCUCAUCAGACAGAAUCCUCAGUGAUCAUUUAAAGAUGUGUUUGCAUCAGAAGGUUGCUAAGACAAUUUACCCUAAGAAGGGAGAGACGGUAGCAUUUGCCGGGGAACAUCUCAUGUCGGAAGUCCCUUUCUACUGUGUAUAUGAUUUUGAAAGUGUUUUGUCACCUUGUUUGGAGGAAACAAACGUGUAUGAGGAUCACUGUCCUUCCUCAUUUUGCCUUUUGGUUAUACGUGCAUCCGACUCACACGUGUUGCAAAAGCAUCUUUUUCGUGGUCCUAAUUGUGUCACAGUAUUUAUGGAGCUGCUGCGGAAAUUGCAUGACGAAAUUUUAGGAUGAAUACAUGCUUUUGCACCUCUAGAAAUGACCGAAGAGAAUGAGCGUCAACAUACAGCAGCCACUCAUUGUAAUAUCUGCAAAGAAUCCUUUGCUAAAAGACAAAAAGUUUGAGACCAUGACCAUGUAAGCGGAGAAUUUCGACAAACACUAUGUCAGACGUGUAACCUGAAACUGAGGGUGCCACCCAAGAUUCCAAUCAUUGCACAUAAUGCUAACUAUGACAUGAGUUUUCUCCUGUCUCAUUUACAUCUGCUUAAGAAGUCAGACAUCAACGUGAUUGCCACCAGCUGUCAAAAAUUUAAAGCAAUUGACAUCGGCUCUUAUCGAUUCUUGGACAGUUUGAGUUUUCUGAACGCAAGCCUUGAAACACUGGUGAAAAAUCUACGUGAUAAAGGUGAAUCCAACUUUCAAUGCCUUCGCCAGUUUUUUCCAAAUGAGGAACACUUUCAGCUGGUUGUUCGUAAGGGGGUCUUCUGUUAUAACUUUGUCACCAGUUUUGAAGCCUAUGAUGAGCCUUCGCUACCACCUCGAGAUAAGUUCUUUAACAUUUUGAAUGGAACCGAAGUAAGUGAACAAGACUACAACCACGCGCAGAAUGUGUAUGAAAAAUUUCGGCUCAAGAGUCUUGGAGAGUAUUCGGACUUAUACCUUCUGACAGACACACUGCUUUUAGCAGAUGUGUUUCAGAACUUUCGAAAGUGGACACUCGAUGUGCACAAGAUUGAACCGUUUCAUUUUGGAUCCCUUCCAGGAUUAAGCAUGUCUUGUGCACUAAAAAUGAGUCAGGUAGAACUAGAACUAAUUAACGACCCCGACGCGUACCUGCUCAUCGAGAAUGGCUUACGAGGAGGUGUCACACAGUGCUCCCUGAGAAAAGCAACUGCGAAUGUGCCAGGAACAGAACAGUUUGAUCCCGAAAAAGAAAAAAAAAAAUUAACUACAUUGAUGUAAAUGGCCUGUAUGGAGCAGUCAUGAGAGAACCAUUGCCUUACGGAGGAUUUGAGUGGCUCACUGAGGAGGAAAUUGUUAACUUGGAUAUAGCUCAGAUACGAGAUGAUGCCUCUGUGGGUUACUUUCUUGAGGUAGACCUAGUGUAUGACCGAGCAACUCAUGAACGCCACAGAGAUCUUCCCAUUGCCCCUGAAAAAAUGUCCGUUCGUUAUGAGCUAUUGUCAGACUAUCAGAAGGCGCUCAUGAAGAAGUUCAAUCUUCCGCAGAAAGCUACCAAAGCAAAACUGUUGCUAACAUUAUUUGAUAAAGAGAGGUACUUUCUCCACUAUCGCAAUUUGCAACUGUAUCUGCAAUUGGGGUUGCGUCUCACUAAAGUUCACAGGGUUCUCAAGUUCAAUCAAAAGCCGUUUCUGCGAUCCUAUGUCGACUUCAAUCACGAACUUCGGAAGCGAGCUACAAAUGCAUUUGAGAAACAGCAAUCAAAGCUAAUGAUUAAUAAUGUAUAUGGCAGGACAUGUAUGCAAGUCAGGAAAUUCGUAAAUUGUCGCCUCACAGUAACAGAUGAGCAAGUGUUGAAGCUUCUACGUAAACCAAACUUGAAACAGUUCCGCCCUCUGAGCUCUCAUGUCAUCUUGUUCCAAUUUAGUCAGUCUGUUCUUCGCAUGAAGCAACCGCUGUACCUGGGCUUCACAAUAUUGGAAUUGUCUAAGCUGAAGAUGUUUGAUUUUUAUCAUAACCAUCUUCUCCGUGUAGCCCCUGAUACACGACUGCUAUACAUGGACACUGAUUCUUACAUUGUGAUGCUGAGUGACGAUAAAGCACUCCACGAACUAGCUGACGAGCAUCUAGACAACUCUGGAUAUGACCCUGAUCAUCCACUCUAUUCGACAAAAAACAGGAUGGUACUAGGAAUGUUUAAAAAUGAGCUUCCUCGUGAUCACAUUCUUGGCUUCUGUUGUCUGAAGCCAAAGCUGUACGCCCUCGAUCUGUGCAGCAAAAAGCAGUACAAUCGUGCUAAGGGUGUUAAACAAUGUGAAGCACAAAAACUCCACUUCUCUAUGUACACGAAUGCUCUCGAGCAGGGCACAAUGCAUAAAGUUAAACAGAACCUCAUUGUGCACAAGGACAAUGUCAACAAAAGUGUGUCAGUGACAAAAAUAGCCCUCAAUCCACUGGAUACGAAACGCUUCAUUUGUGAUGAUGGAAUUGACACGCUACCUUCUGGCUAUGGUUGAAUUUUUUAAUGUGUACGGAUUGGUCUCUCUAAUGAAGCGAUGGUGUUGGGGUGUGCACCGUCACGAGGUUUCAUUACAGAGUUGGCAUACGGGAGUAGGAGGGAACUCAUCUGUUAUCACCCCCGCAACAGAUGUUGCCCUUCUAUUCCUGGUCCCACAGAAAAAAAUUGUAAUAAAGGUGUUACAUCCAUAUAGCUAUGGUUUGUCAUAUAUUAGAAUGAUGUCAUGUUAGAACCAUGAACUAAAGCUAUUGCAUUAUUCCACAUCUAUGGUUGUCAGUGUGGGAUUACUUACAACUGUGAGUUAGGAGCUAGAGGAUAUUUGUUAGCCACGAGUGAUGACUAAGCUAAGACCUGGUCUGAUGAAUUUCAUGUCUUCCUGAAGUAAUGUGUAGCUCUUGAUGUGAGUGAAACAGACAGUUUGCUUUCCCAUAUUGCUGCAUGCAUUUGCGAUGAAAAUAACAACUGACUUUGUCUGCAAGUCACUGUUUGUAAAUAGACCGUCUCAGACGAAUUUGAUUAUAUGUGCGUGAAAUAACCUGUUUUCUAAGAAUUUGAUUAUAAGAGUAUGUGAUAACCAGUUUCUAAUGGCAUGUAUGUAAUCUAUAACAACGUCUUUGUUUGCAAGUCAGUGUUUGCAAAUAGCCUGUCUCAGAUGAGAGUCACUGUUUGUAAAUGAUCCGUGUCAGAAAAUUUUUUAUUAUACAGUCAAACUCAUUUACAACGAAACUCAGGGGACAGCAAAAAAAAUUCGCAGUAAAAGUAUUUUCGUUAAAAAGGAUGUCCAUUAUUGGACCUAUAGGGCUCCAGCAGGACCGCAAAAAAAUUUGCUGUAGUGGUAUUUUCGUUAAAAAGGUGUUCGCUAUAAAGGAGUUUGACUGUAUGUGUAUGAAAUAACCAGUUUCUAAUAGCAUGUAUGUAAUCAUCAACAAUGUCUUUGUUUGCAAGUCACUUUUUGUAAAUAGCCUAUCUCAGAUUAGAUUUUUUUUUAUCACCAAUGAUUCAUUAUAUAGUGUGCAAAUUAAGUUGACAAAUAAAGCUCUUUUCAGGCAAACUGAAAUUUUAUUGAAUGCUCAUAGUACACUACAGCAUGACAUAUCCUCUGUUUUUCUUGGGA